CGCCUGCUGUUGGGCGCCGCCUUCGCGCUGGGCGGCGGUGCCGGCCUCUACCAGGUGGCGCGGCGGCGGCUGCGGGGCCACGCGGCCGCGGAGCUGCCUGACGGAGGCCUUCAGCUCACUCUCUACCAGUAUAAAACAUGCCCUUUCUGCAGCAAGGUCCGAACUUUUCUUGAUUAUCAUGGGCUACCCUAUGAAAUUGUGGAAGUGAACCCAAUAAUGAGGAAAGAAAUCAAAUUUUCUGUCUACAGAAAGGUGCCUAUUCUGCUAGCGAAUGCUGGAAGUCCUCUGCAAUUGAAUGAUUCUUCAGUGAUCAUCAGUGCAAUAAAGACAUACCUGAUAUCCAAGAGGAAGAGCUUAGAGGAGAUUGUGUCAUUUUACCCUCCUAUGAAAAGCGUGAGUGAGAAAGGCAAGGAGACACUUGAAUAUGGGAAUAAAUACUGGCUCAUGCUGGAUGAAAAGGAGACAAAGCGAAUCUAUCCCGUCAAAGAAGUGAGAGUGGAAGAAAUGAAGUGGCGAAAAUGGGCGGACGACUGGCUGGUUCACCUCAUCUCGCCCAACGUUUACCGCACCCCUAGGGAAGCCUUGGCGUCGUUUGAUUACAUUGUCCGGGAGGGGAAGUUUGGCACCAUGGAAGGCUUCUUUGCUAAGUACAUGGGGGCCCUUGCCAUGUUUAUCAUUAGCAAGAGGUUGAAGAAAAGGCAUAACCUUCAAGAUAAUGUCCGACAAGACUUAUAUGAAGCGGUUAAUGAGUGGGUAAAAGCUGUCGGCAAACAUCGGCUAUUCAUGGGUGGCAGCCAGCCAAACCUUGCUGAUUUGGCAGUCUAUGGUGUCCUCAGAGUCAUGGAAGGACUGGAAGCCUUUGACGACAUGAUGGUUAACACCAAGAUUCAGCCUUGGUACCAGCGCAUGGAGAAAGUCGUUCAAAAAAAUGAAUUUACAAUCUGAUGUCAACUACAGCUGCUUUCCUGAAAUACUUGCAUAGGGGAAAGGCUUCAGAAGGAAAGUCUUUUUUUUUAUUAUUUAUUUUUUUUAAGAAUUUAAAAUGGCCUGGUCRCACCUUGUGGAUGGACAUGCUGGCAUAGACUGUCCUCUCUCGAACAGCAAGUCUCAAAUGAACAGGAGGGAUUCAGCUGUACAUAAAUUUGAGUAUGAUAUUUAAAAGGACCGGGAUGGGUAAAAGGAGUCUUGGACAUUGCUGUAUUCUGCAGUUCAAUCCAAGCUUUUCCUUUUACAGCGGAUGGGCUUCUCUAGGUGAGAGCCAGGUUCCAAGCAGGCUGCUGAGAAGGCAGGGCCUGCUCUUGACCGGUAAAUGUUGCAGCCAUAACAAAUAUGAUGCAUCUGAGCGGCUUCUGCUUCAGGCUGUCUUCCUCCACUCAUCCGAAUCACCUUAAAAUGGUUUUCUGAGGCACUGGAUACUGUAUUUCUAACUGACACCUCUUUCUCCUUGAGCACCCCAGUGCUGUCGUGACUGUAGGAGUACAUGGUCCUGCGAGAGGCUCCUUGCUACGGCCCAGGAUGCUGCACGUUGCAGACUGUGUGCGUUUGCUCUUCCGUGUGAACGGUUCUUUGGUACCAGACUGGCGUCUGCGGUGAUAAAGGUCUGCUUCUCUCUUCAUGCCAYAUGUGCUAUCUAUGAUUUUGUAUGUGUUUUGUGCAG